AUGUUUGAGAGACCUGACAGUGGAGCCUCAGCCUCGCUUGCGAUCACUUGGAUCAGGACUACAGCAAAAGAGAUGCAUCUCGUUACUGCUCCUAUAAUGCACCAUUUAUGCAUCCUCAUUUAUAUUUCUCUGACAGCCGUCAUAGUGUCUCCUUUAGAAUCAUCCACAGACAUCAGCCUCUAUCCUGGUGCUGAUGUCUGCUCACUGGGCCAGUUCCCCUGUGGCAACCUGUCUGUGUGCCUGCCCCAGCUCUACCACUGCAAUGGGGUCCAGGACUGUGCUAACGGAGCUGAUGAGGAGAACUGUGUGGACAACAGCGGCUGGCCACAUCUUUUUGAUGCCUUUAUGAAGAAAAAUGUUGAAGAGUCGAAGGAAUGCAUGUUGGACGUGUUCCCAGAGGUAUGUUUCUGUGAGGCCGGGAGAGUAAAUUGUAACAAAAAGGGACUACUCAGCGUCCCAGCUGUGUCUUCCAAUAUAACAGCUCUUGAGCUGAACAGCAACCAGAUAACAGCUCUCCAACCAGACCAGUUCAUCCGCUACAGACACCUUGAGAGACUACACUUGGAAGACAACAGGAUCAAAAGUAUCGCCAAGCAGGCAUUCUCAGGACUCUACUCACUAAGAAGACUGUAA